GAUCGUUCUUUCAUCUUGUGAUUGUUGUGGAUUGAAACGUGCGUAAAUCGUGGUGGAUUUUAUAAAGUAUAUUCUGAAUAUUGGCAAAAAUAAAUACAAAAUGUAUUUGCGAUACUUUCUGAAUGAAAAUGGCGACAGACAAUAUACUUUGGCAACCAUUGAUCCUCAAGGGAAGCCGACAUUAUCAGCGCAUCCAGCUCGUUUCUCCCCUGAAGACAAAUAUUCAAGACAGAGAAUAACAAUCAAGAAAAGGUUUGGGCUAUUACUCACCCAGCAACCAGAGCCCAUUCAUUGAUUUAAAUAAUGUAUUUGUAUAAGUUACUUUAAAGAUGAUACUGUUAAGAUUAAUGCUUACCAACACAUAUGCUGAUGAUAUUAUAUCCAAUACAUAAUAAAGGGUUGCUUUUAAUACAAGUGUUGAGUAACAGUUGUGGUUAAGUUGAAUUUAAGUGAAUUGUGCACUUAUACAUUAGUUUAAACUUUUUCAUUCUCAUUAAUCACCAAUUCCUUUUUAUAUCUUUCAUGUAAGAAUGAAAUAAAUUAGUACAAUAUGGUCCAA